AUGGAGGCAAUUGAGAAGGGCAUUGUGGUGCUUGUACACGACCGAUCCGCGUCAACCGCCGCCAAUGUCAAUGUGACAUCAUUGGGAAUGUUAUAUCUUCGGCGGAACUCAUCCAUUCCUGCCGGAGUGUCCACUAGGUUCCGAAACUUACCCAUUGGAGGUGCGACGUUCCACCAAACAACUACACUAAGGAUGACUUGCAAGGUGAGCCGUGCAAGGAAGAUUGAGUUCAUGAGAGAUGAAAAUGUUCUUAGGAUGCGCUACACCUCACCCGAUGGGAAAUCAUAUUUGUCACUUGUUACCAUCUGCAAGGCUUUGGGGAAAGCUCCAUCGGAAAGGUUGAGUACAAGUCAUAGGUGGCAACCUGCUGGUGAUGAAAUUGUUCCUAGAGCUGAAUUUUGCCCCGAUGCUAUUAAUGAAUACCUAAAGCCCGGACAUAGGUCUUCCCGUACUUUAAAUGUCAGAAAGCAUCUUGCAUAUUUGGGCUGGAAGAUCGAGUUCAUGAGAGAUGGAGGUAUUAAUAAGAUGCGAUACAUCUCACCUAAUGGGAAAUCAUAUUAUUCACUUGUUAUGGUCUGUAGGGAUUUGAAGGAACCUGGAUCAGAAAUUCUUUCCCUUCCUUCCCAAGAUGAUGAAAGACUGUCAGUUGCUGUGUCAGAUAGUCCAUUCCCUUCUCCUCUCGCGGAACCACCACACACAUCCAUGGAGCUGUCUGUGAUGCCUCAUUCCGACAGAGUUGUUGAAUCCGAACAUUGCCCCGGAGCUGUACUUGAUUACUAUUCUCUUGGAUCAGUGGAAAAUAGUGAUAAAUGGAAGUGUUACAAGGUUAAGGACCACAAAUAUGUGGGUCUACAAUUUAAAGCAAAAAAGCAUCUUUCCGCUGUUGGGUGGUCAUUCUGGUACUAUGUGAGGGGACGGAAUCGGGAAUUGCGAUACACUUCGCCAAGUGGAAGGUCCUAUAGUUCUCUUCGAACAGCCUGCAAAGCCUGUAUAGAUGAAGGAGGAACCUCUGGUAAUAAUACUUUUAUCUCUAGACCAAUGCAAAAUGCUGGCUCUCGGAUGCAGAAGAAAAGAAAGGCAUCUGGAUCGCCAAUCAAAUCAAGAGAUGAUUUGGGUGAUGAUUGUCCAAUGCGUGUGCUGCGCUCUAGCAAAAGAGCUCGGCAGGUGGUGGUUCCUUCUUCCUCUGAUCAGAACCCUCGAACCAUAUUAUCUUGGUUAAUAGACAAUAAUGUGGUGUUGCCUAGGGCAAAAGUACGUUACAUUAGCAGAAAGGAUCAUCCUCCAAUAGCUGAAGGGAGAAUAACUCGCGAUGGGAUCAAGUGCAGUUGUUGCCAAAAAGUUUUUACCCUUAGUAAAUUUGAAGCACAUGCUGGCAGCAAUAAUCACAGACCAGCAGCGAAUAUUUUUUUGGAGGAUGGGAGGUCUCUGUUAGAUUGUCAGAGACAGUUGAAAUGUCGUAAUAUUAAGAGAAACUUGAUGACAGAAUCACUUGACAUGAAAGGUAGGCGGCACCAAAGCAUGAAUGAUUACAUAUGUUCUGUCUGUCACUUUGGGGGUGAAUUAGUUUUAUGCGAUCAAUGCCCGUCAUCAUUUCACACAAGUUGCCUUGGUUUGAAGGAUGUUCCAGAUGGUGACUGGUUUUGUCCAUCAUGCUGUUGUGGAGUUUGUGGGAGAAGCGGAUUAAAUAAUGGCUCGAAACAAUUUACAGAUGACAGUGUUCUCCAUUGUGAUCAGUGUGAGCGUCAAUAUCAUGUUGGGUGCCUAAGGAAAAAGGGUGUUAUGAAUGUAGACAAUUAUCCCGAAGGAAGUUGGUUUUGCAAUAAAAGAUGCGAACAGCUGGCAAAGAGCAGGAGGGGUGAGGAAAACUUGGCUCACUCAUAUGAAUUAGAUGGUUCUGAAACUUUGGGUUCAUAUUUAAGGAUUCAACCUUGCUCUGAUAGUGCUCCAGAACUUUCGGGAUGUUCAAUUCAAUGGUAUCGUUUGGCAGCAGAAGGUGGCAAAAAGGAUCUUAUUUCAGGUUUUUGCUUCAUUUGUCUUACUCAAGGUUCUGACAAGCGGUUGCAGUCGCCGUAA